AUGUUCGAACACUUGAUCAAAGAGUUCCCUGCCCUCUCCGAAGAAGACACGGAAACCCUUCUGCCCCCACCUCUGCCACAUUCUGAAGCUGGGUACUUCUAUGGCUACAAAAUCAUGGAUGACUUUGACCGGAAGAACACAACUCACCUCAAACGGGCCUACCAGAUUGAUUCUGCACCGAGCAUGAUGAAUCUUGCUCGGCUCGUUUUGGAGCGGAAUACUGUCCUCGUCCUUCUUGCGGCCUACAGCACCGAAGCAAAGGCCGUCAUCGGCUGCGAAAGCGGAACGGACCGUAUUCCCAAUAAGAUCCUUAGAGAGAAGCUGGAGGAAGAAAUUGGCGUCACGGAGGGUCCGCAGUGGCAUCUGGACGACGGGAGCUUUUUUUGGUCCUCAAAUGCUGUCGCACAUUACCGGUACAGCUGGAGGCGACCACUCAUGCCAGACUCAGAGUAG